CGGCGGUGCGCUGUGUCCCACGUACACAGUGGAUCACUGAUCCACGGAAAGAGCCGAAGAUGUCGGCUUGGUCAUGUGAUCAGCUGUGUCCAAUCACAGCUGAUCACAUGGGAGAUGUACACUGAUCAACAGGGCACUGAUGAUCAGUGUGCCCUGAUGAUCAGUGUAGCCCCAGCAGUGCCACCUGUCAGUGUCCAUCAGUGCCUUGUGUCAGUGCUCAUCAGUGCCAUGUGCCAGUGCCACAUCAAUGCCACAUAUCAGUGCCUACCAGUGCACAUCAAUGCCACAUAUCAGUGCCCAUCUGAGCUGCCUUUCAGUGUCACCCAUCAGUGCCAGUCAGUGCCACCUAUCAAUGCCAAUCAG